GCGAGCCGGCUUCAACGCGAAGCGCUCCCGAGGAACACACGCGUGUGACGGCAACGAAAAAAGUGAAAAGUGAAAAAAAAAAUGUCAACGAUGAAAUUUCUCAAGUUCAAAAGUUUCAUCAAGAAAAUUAAAUAUUUCAACACAAAUUAUUAAUUAAAAAGCAAAAAAAUAAAAAAUUCCGGAAAUAAAUUUUACGUAGAUUAGUUUCACGUUGAAAAGUUUCUUGUGUGAUGAAAAUUCUGUGCAUCGAUCGCUGACAAUCGAAUGGAAUUAAUUAGCAACGCAUCCGAGUGUGCCGUGCCGAAGAAGUCUUCGUCUUGGUCUUCCUUUUCGCCGGCGCGCAUUCAAACGUUUAGUAAUUAACGAGCGCGCGUUACUUUCAAAUGGGUCUAAGCAUGCUUUGGGUUGUCCUGAGCACAGUCCUCUCGUGCACAUCAUGGCCAUCAGAGGCUGAAGGAGCGGUGCAACGUGGGCAGGGUUACCAAAUCUCCCCAAAGCCGUGUUUCGUCGACGGCGUGGAAGGCACCUGCAUGUUCGUCUACGAAUGCAUCAAAUCCGAAGGCUAUCACAUCGGAAUGUGCGUGGAUUCCUUUAUGUUUGGUUCUUGCUGUGCCCACAACUCUUCCACAAACGCCCUGCCCGCCCCCGGCCAAGCCCCCUCAACAUACACCUCGCCCAACACGUAUCCACGGCCGCAGAUCCUCUACACUCCUCCUAGUCAGGCCCACAAACGGCCCACGUCCACUAGUCGACCGCGCCCACAUCACCGGCCACGUCCCUCUGUCGCCACAGCGCCGCCUCCGCCACAGCGACAGACACAAUCACAGGAUGGAGGGCUGGCACAAGCCAACACAAUCAAUAUUGGGCAUUAUACAAAGCCGCAUCAUUGGAGCGGUAAGCCAGGGGCGUCAACUACGAAACACACAUGGCAACAGACAACUGAAUCUUUAGAGGUUAAUUCCAUCAGUGGGAGUAGUGAUGCAGGGUUAGGAGGCGGUGGAAAUGGGAAACCGGCGUCGGUUGGAUGGCAGGCUACUACGGAGCCGACGUUUGUUACGAAAGCAAAGACUAAACCGAGUUAUAAGCCAACUAGUUUCAAACCGAAGCAGCCGACGAAGAAGCCGAUUGUUAUCACGACGGUGCAGAAAGGUGGUAGUAAAUAUACCAAAACAACCACGACGACUUCCACGACGACUAGUACUACUACGACAACGACAACUACAACGCCAAAACCGAAAAUAACAAAAACAAGGACUACUACGACAACGCCAAGUCCCGCGUCGGACCCAGUAUCCUUGGCUCCUGAAUUAAUGCAGACCAGCACCUUCAGUACUGUUUCAGCUGCAAGCGCUGAUAGUUCAGGAUGUGGUCAACCGCCUCUUUUUCCCCAACCGCAAACAAGAAUUGUUGGUGGAAAAAAUGCUCCGUUUGGAAGAUGGCCAUGGCAGGUAUCAGUCAGAAGGACAUCCUUUUUUGGUUUCUCGUCCACCCAUAGAUGCGGAGGCGCAAUCCUGAAUGAAAAUUGGAUAGCAACCGCCGGACAUUGCGUUGAUGAUUUGUUAACAUCUCAAAUUCGCAUCAGAGUCGGCGAAUAUGACUUUUCCAGUGUACAGGAAGAACUACCCUACGUAGAGAGAUCAGUUGCACGCAAAGUGGUCCAUCCAAAGUAUAAUUUCUUCACCUACGAAUAUGAUUUGGCAUUAGUUCAACUAGACAAACCACUAGAGUUUGCCAAUCAUAUCAGACCCAUUUGUCUGCCAGCAUCAGACGAUUUGCUCAUUGGGGAGAAUGCCACUGUCACAGGAUGGGGGCGGUUGAGUGAAGGUGGUACAUUACCAUCUGUUUUACAAGAAGUGCAAGUGCCGAUCGUAAGCAACGAUCGCUGCAAAAGCAUGUUCCUGCGUGCCGGCCGCCACGAAUUCAUCCCCGAGAUCUUCCUCUGCGCCGGCCACGAAAACGGCGGCCAGGAUUCCUGCCAAGGCGACUCCGGCGGCCCGCUCCAAGUCCGCGGCAAAGAUGGCCGCUACUUCCUCGCCGGCAUCAUCUCAUGGGGCAUCGGUUGCGCAGAAGCCAAUCUCCCCGGUGUAUGCACGCGCAUCUCGAAAUUCGUGCCGUGGAUCCUCAACAACGUCACGUAACCCUCAACUUCCACCCUAAUCUAACCUAACUUAACCUAAAACUCGAAAAAAUCAGCCAAAACCGCAACUAGCUAAUAUUUCCACUUCACAUCAUUAAAAACACUAAAAAGAGUCAAUACGUAUAGAGUUAAACGAAUUGUUGAGUCAAAGACAUUGACAUAACGCGCAAUAAUUAAAUUAAUUUAAUUAAUUUAACCUAACUAAAAUUAUUAAACUUAUAUUGUAAGCAAUAAGUGAUUUGUGAUUGUGUGAUUUGUGUCCGAGUGCGUUGUGAGCCGUUUUUAUUGCCUCUGUGAAAAGAAAUUGGAGAAAUUAGUUUAAAAGUGAGGUUAGAAUGUAAUGAAUGUGUGUGUGUUCUGCGAACACCCUGUAUAUUUACGCAAAUGAUCAACUCUAUUGUUUGCUGUUAUUGUUAUCGCUAUUGUAAUCUAUUUUUCCGUAAAUAUUUUUUGUUUGUUGUAAAGAAAGAAGAGAAAUUAUGUAAUAAAUAUUUAAAUCAUUCUAUUAUAAA